AUGGCCGGUGGCCCUACACUCACCAUCCUGGCGACGACAGGAAUUUUGCUCCUGAUAGUGUGUUUGUCGGAGGCCAACUCGACCUUCCCGCUGGAGGAGGACAUAAAAAAGGAUGACCUCAGCGAGUACGACUACAGCGAGGAGGACGCAGGCAUCCAUGGGACGGAGAAGACUCGUAGUGGGCUGUGUGUUCCUGAUUGCAGCAGAGAUGGUGCCAUCAGGCUGGACCGAACCUCUUGCAAGCACUACUUCGUGUGCAGCCUCCAGCACCAGCACCUGGUCCUCCUCCGCUGUACUUGUCCACCCCACGCCCCAGUCUUCAACAGUACAAUUGCCACGCUUCCCAACCCAACCACCGCCACAACUACCACAUCAGAUCCCACCAUCAUCACCUCAACUACCAUCUUUGACACAUCCAUCAUUACUAAUACUGCCACCAGUUCCAUUGCUGCAGCCAGUACCACCACUCCCAAUUCUGACACCACCCCUAGUCCAACCACCACCACAAUCACUGCUACCACCUCUAUUAGUAGUAUUAACACUAAUGUCACAGUUUCAAGUAAUGCUCUCUCAAGCACAACAACAUCUGCUGUUGUUCCCCCAUUUCUGGAUACAGCAACAACCACCAUUACCACAUUGUCCCCAGCUGCCAUAACUACUCACUCACCAGUCACUGCUACUAUUAGUGUACCAUUUUCUGUUAUCCUGCCUGCCACAGUCACUACCUCUCCUGAAGCUGUAGCAUCACCAACUCUCACUUUGCCCCUAAAUGCCAUAUUUGAUUUGAUUCCACCAUUUCCUGCAACUUUCACUAAUAUUGACAAAACUUGGUUUACCUUACCGUCUACCAUUACCACACUAUCCAUAGCCACCACCAUAGAAUUUGCAUCUACCAUCACACCAACCACCAUACCCGAAACAGUGUCUACCACAUCCACCAUCGCCACUAAGCCACCAUUAACAUCUACGGCCAGCACUAUACCAGAAACUGUGCUUACCAUCAGCAUAUUAUCACCAGCCUCCGCAACUCCUGUGUCAGUGUCAGGUUCCUUGGACUGCAACGCCAUACAGUGCAUGUCCAUCAACUCUCGGGUACAGGACAAAUACAACUGCAGCAGGUACUACAAGUGUGUCCUGCAGGAGGGUCGCCUUGUGCCCCGUCCCUACAUCUGCCCAAAUGUUCUGCCAGUAUUCAGCCACUUCCUUCAGCUCUGCCUCACAGGAAUCAAGUGUCGUGCCCCGUGUCCCACAACCACAGCUGAGGCAGCAGAUGUUGUAGAAGUUUUGGCCGGAGAUGUUGGCAAUAUUACAAUACCUCAGGAAAUAUCUGUUUCUCCACUGUUGACAAAUUUCAACACAAAUUUUACUAUGACAUCUGAGCUGUUUGCAGACACAACAGCAUCACCUGAAAUGGCUACUGGCUUGAUACUAAUGCCAACAGAUACUGCUGAUGAGGUCAUAACAUCAUCCAAAAAUGUCACAAAUAUAACAGAAUUAUUUGAAACAUCUACAUUAUUUCCAAUAUCAUCGGAAAAACCUGUAACCAUCCCAGUACCAACUGAUACACCUACUGUAACUCCCUCAUCAACUAAUGCAUCAAAUGUACCAAUAACUGACAUAUCUGCUGUAGGUCCAACAUCAUCUGAUACAACUUCAUUUGUCUCAACAUUACCAACCACAUCUGAAAUCAUCUUAACAGCCAGUACAAGUGAAACAUCAUCUGGAUUAUUUAUUAUACCUGUUAUAACAGCAGCAACAUUAACAGAUGAUGUAAUACUGUUUGAGACAAGCACAAGUGCUACAUCUGCUGACACAGUUUCAGCAAUAUAUGAGACAACGACUGGAGUUCCAAUAUCAACCAAUAUGACAGAGGCAGGAUUAGGUGCACCAACCAACACAACACAGUCUCGACCUCAUGUAUCAGAAGAGGCAACAGCAUUCCCCGGAAUGCCGGAAGUGGUCCAAGUCACUGCAACACCUGGAUGGGAGGGAACAUGUGAAUUAUCAUGUCCAGCACCAGACAUGAAGGUAGGAGAUCCUCGUGAUUGCCAUUACUUCUUUAUAUGUAGAUUCACUGACAACUUGACGCUGAAACCCAUCAGGGUUAAGUGCCCACUCAGACGACCUAUGUUCAAAGCUGGCACAGGUGAAUGUGUAGAGAGGUUCCCUUGUUUGGCGAAGUGCCCUGCUUCUACCAAUCUCAUCUUCUUGCCACCUCCACAACCCACCUCCUCUUCCCCACUCGUCACAUUCUCUAACUCGACACCGGCCACAUACACCUCCCUCUCCCCAUAUCCUACCAACUUUGACAUAAUUACUAAUACAAUAGACACUCCUUCAUCUAAUGGGACAUUUACAAUAGGUGCCACUACUUCACCCUCAACCAUCACAACAAAUCUUCCUGCUGACUGCAAUCCUACAUGUCUAGUUGCUGACUCCUGGUUGGCAGACCCAACAGAUUGUCAUUUCUUUUAUGUCUGCCACUUUAUCAAUGAUGUCAUAGCCAGACCUCGCCGAAUUAGAUGUCCAACUAAUCGACCAAUUUUCAACCAGGAGCUUGGAAGAUGCACUGCUGAAGGUCGUUGUAUCACCUCUUGUAAAAAUUUAACGAGCACAAGCGAGAUGAACAUGUCUCUAGCAGAACUUGAUGCACCUAACUGUCAUCCCACUUGUGUCCUCCCUAAUUCUCGCAUGUCAGACCCUACAGACUGCUACUACUAUUACAUCUGUGUCAUCCUUGACAGCCUAUCCCCGAGGGCUGUCCGCACCAAGUGCCCACAGUCAAAGCCAUUUUUUGACAGUAGGAGAAAAGUUUGUGUGGCAGAAGCCGAGUGCAUUAUAACUUGCAGCCAAUUGAAUUCAACAACCACCUUUACAACAGCACCUUCACUUGCAGAUGAUGUCUGUAACCCUGUGUGUCUUAAGCCAGAGACUGUAGUGGCUGACCCACGUGACUGUAACCAUUAUUAUAUCUGUUCAGCCACUGAUGGCAUAAUAAUCAGUCCCACCAGGAUGCGGUGCCCAUCACAUCUCCCUGUCUUUGACCACAGCACGAGUAGCUGCAACAGGAAUGCCAAAUGUGUGGUGACUUGCCAGUCAAACACCACCGCCACCACCACAACCCCAGCCUCUACCACAUUAUCUUUAUCUAACAUCUUAAGCAACAACACAAUGGUCACCAGCACUCCUGUCAAUGAUGUCAGCAGCACUGUGGGUCAGGGGCACAGGCCAAAGCAGUGUCGGCCCAACUGCACUUCACACAACACAAUUCAUCAUGAUCCACUUGACUGUCAUUACUACUAUGUGUGUAUGAUAGGAAGGGGCAAAUCGUAUCUCACCAGGAUCCAGUGUCCACCCAGAAGACCCAUCUUCCAUCUGCCCACCUACAGCUGCCAGAGAGCUGUGCCUUGCAUCACCACUUGUAAAGAUAUAGUUGUUCCACCAUCAUAUGCUACAGUCACCAGCUCCACUGUGGAAGUAACCAGCUCCACCACAUGGAACAUCAGCUCCUCCAUAGGACCUACCAGCCUCACCUCAGAGGCCAUCAGCUCCUCCACUGGAGCUGGCAUCUCUACCACAUGGAAUGCCAGCUCCUCUACAUGGAAUGUCAGCUCCUCUACAGGACAUACCAGCCCCACCACUGGAGUCACCAGCCCCACCACAUGGAAUGUCAGCUCCUCUACAGGACAUACCAGCCCCACCACAUGGAAUGUCAGCUCCUCUACAGGACACACCAGCCCCACCACAGGAGUCACCAGCCCCACCACAUGGAAUGUCAGCUCCUCUACAGGACAUACCAGCCCCACCACUGGAGUCACCAGCCCCACCACAUGGAAUGUCAGCUCCCCUACAGGACAUACCAGCCCCACCACAUGGAAUGUCAGCUCCUCUACAGGACAUACCAGCCCCAUCACAUGGAAUGUCAGCUCCUCUACAGGACAUACUAGCCCCAUCACUGAAGUCACCAGCCCCAUCACAUGGAAUGUCAGCUCCUCUACAGGACAUACUAGCCCCAUCACUGAAGUCACCAGCCCCACCACAUGGAACAUCAGCUCCUCCACUGGAGAUGCCAGUCCCACCACAGAAGUCACCAGCUCUACCACAUGGGAUGUCAGUUCCUCCACUGGAGACACCACCUCCACUGCAGAAGAUACCAGCUCCACCUCAAAUAUCAACUCCAUCAUAUCCACCACAGAAGUGAGCUCUAGCACCAUCACAGGAGAUGCUAAUUUCAUCACAACCAAUACAGGAGAUAUCAUCUCUACCUCACCUACCACAGUAGAUAUUAGCUUCACUACAACAGCCACAGAAAACAUCACCACCAACGGGGAAGGGGAAAACAACACUGGUGGUGUUGUGAGGUGUGAUCCUGUGUGUCCCAAGGCAGGUGUCCUGGUGGCAGACCUCAGCAAUUGCCACAGAUAUUUCGUGUGUGUCUACGUUGACAGUUUGGCUCCCCGCCCCAUACGUGCCACUUGCCCAACACUCACACCUGUCUUUGAUGUCACCAAGCGACGGUGUGUGGCCGAUGCCCCGUGCUACCAGCCUUGUGCUCCACAUUUGCUGCCUUCAACUCAAGUAUCACCUGCUGCCACUGGGUCCACCACAUCUGACCUACUUUUACCAGUCAACUCACCUAUCUCAGGUGGUUCACUUGGUCCAGGUGGCUCUCCUGAGUCAGGUGCCUCAGGGGAGGUGGCAACUACUGUAAAUCUCCGAGGUACUGUAUAUUCUUACAUAAAACCUGAUAACAAGCAUUAUUAUGUAAAUUUGGUACUAUAG